UCGGAAGAAAUUUAAUGAGUCUGUAGGCUGUGUUUCUCGGCCGGCCGGCCGCCAUUGUUCUUUUGCUCCACAACCCCACCCCAAUACUAGCCGCUCAUGCCUCUGCUUGCUAGCGCACACCCUAGCGCUCGUGGCGUCGAAGAGGACAUCCUCAUCCCGCUCCUCGCUCGUCUGACCACCGUCUGCACCGCCCUCGAUGCAGCCGCCGCCGCCGCGGCACCGCCGCCCAUCGUUUCACCUGAGCAUCCAAUUUCUUCGCAGCCGUCCGCGGGCACCGAUGCCACCGCCGCCGCCCUGGAGGCCACGACGUCUCACGCGCGCGCGCUGCUGGAGAAGAUCAAGGGGGACAUGGCGGCGCUGCGGCGGCUGUUCCGCCGCAUCGACCGCACCGAGAAGGGGAUCCGGUACAGCUUCGACCCCGUGGAGCAGCACAUGGACAACGCGAUCCAGCAGCAAGAGCGGCCCAGCGUCGAGCACAUCCACUCCCAGCUCCUCGCCGUCGACGCCGAGAUCGAGGCCAUCAGGACCAAGAUCUGCGCAGCCUACAAUCUCCCCUUGAGCGACCGCGACGCCGGGGAAGACCAUGAUCCGCCGCGCCCCGAGGCCACGGGCGUGGCGAUGACCAGGAGGAUGGAGGAGCUUCGCUAUGGCCCGCAGAUGCGCCACCUCAAGCUCGCCGUGAGCGGCCUCGACGCGCGGGUGAGGGGCAGCCUCCUCUGCCUCGCCGCCUUCCCGGAGGGCGCCGUCGUCAAGAAACGGCUCCUGAUCCACUGGUGGAUUGGGGAGGGGUUCGUCAAAUCUGCCGAUGCGGGUAAGAGGCGUUUCGACCAGCUCGUCGCCAAGGGUUUCAUCAUCCCAGUCCGGAGCGCGCUCUGUGGUACGGUCAGCAGGUGCACGGUGCGGCCAUGGGUGCUGGACUUGCUCAUGAGCUUGGCUAGGACUACUUCCUUCCUUGAGUUGGAUUGCAGUGACUUCGCCUUGGCACGCCGUGUCUGCCUCACCGGUGGGAAGGUGCUGUCCAGGUUCAGUGCCGAUGCGAGGGCGAUCUACAACAUUGACCACAAGUAUGUGGAGCUCGACAAGGGCUGGUUCGCAGGGAAGAAGGAGCUUUGCACACUGCAGCUCGGCCAGUGGAGGGAGUUGGGCCCUCGCGAGCAGAUUGCUAACCCCAUGGCCAGCCACAUCGAGGUCAGUGGUGUGGAGCGCUUUGCGGACAUUCAGAGCUGCAAGAGCCUGAGGUACAUCAGCUUCCGAGGGAUUUCCAGAAUCGAAUCACUGCCCGAUUCGAUCGGGAACCUGCGUGAACUCGUGGUGCUGGAUCUCCGGGCGUGCCAUAACCUGGAGGAAUUGGGGCAAGGGAUCACCAAGCUCGAUCGGCUCGAGUAUCUGGAUCUGUCUGAAUGCCACCUGCUCGGUGGAAUGCCUAAGGGGCUAGGCCGGCUCACGCGGCUUCAGGUUCUCAAGGGGUUUGUGGUUGCCAACACAAACAGCAAGGAUCCCUGCCAUCUGAAUGAACUGACGAAAUUAGACAAGCUCAGGAAGCUCGGCAUUGUCAUCGGCAAAAUGGCCGUGCCGACAGAUGAUGAGUUCCUGAAAUUAGCUGAAUUCGCGGUCCUCGAGUCACUGACGAUCAGAUGGGGGUUGCUUGCCUCAGAGAAGAGCCGGAAUGAGGAAGGACCGGCACCUCAUCCAGUCGUUAUGAUGAAGUUUGCACUUCCUCCCAAUCUGAAGAAGCUGGACCUUCAUUGCUUCCCACUUGCUGAGUUCCCGCAGUGGGUUCCGAAGGGUGUCAAGAAGCUGUACAUUAGGGGAGGCAAGUUGGCAACUCUCAGCGAUGAGGAGGGCUGGGACGUUGAGGUGCUGCGCCUGAGGUUUCUUAGAGAUCUUCAAUACAACCAUGAUACGCUUCAGCGCUGCUUCAAGAAACUCGAUCCUGACCACACCGAAUACACGCAUGUCCAAACUUCAUGGGCAAAUAAUGAUGUGUACCAUGUAUGUACUUUUCUGGAAACUCUUGUUCAGAACGAGUUGGAUGGCAUAUUUUAUCGGAGGCCUGAUUGUCAGAUGCUGCUACUGAGGAGGCCUGAUUGUCAUGCUGCUACUGAAGAAGCUCAGCAGGACAUGGACCUAUAUGGUUUUUCAGUCUCUGAAGGUUGUGGCACUGUGCUAGUAUAUUUCUUCAGCAACUACCUAUCAGCCCGGCUAUCACAUGAACUGAAGAGUCCGGACCUGAGGGAAGAAUGCAGAGCAGUGCAAUUUUCACUUUCUGUUCCUUCUGUAUCGAUCAUUUUUCUAGGCUACCACAUUUUGUUACUAGUAUAUUCAACCUCUUAGCACAUUUCUCAUCUUACUCCCACUACCAGGAUGGUGCCCAAUUUGUUUUUCUAUCGAUCAAAGUAAAAUACAACCAUGUAGAUAAGUCAUGGCCAGAUUAGAUGGUUAGGUUGCAUGUUGUAAUUUUCUUUUUAUCCUCAUGUUCCUCCUGAUCCCCUGUACAAACUCCUCUGUAAUGCCGUUCUGGCUCUGUUUUAUAAAAUUAAGGUAGGGGGCUCCCCUUCCGUUUGGCUCAAAAAAAAAA